AUGGCUGCUACCAUGUGGAGGACAGCAGUCGCCAUACUCACCAUGCUGCUGGCUGUGGUUGUGUCAGGUAACAGCCUGUUCUUUGCCCAGUUGGGUGUCGACACCUUCGACGCCAGGAGGCGAAAGCUGACGCACUCUUUUGCGGCUCGCCUCCUGGCGUCGGGUAACGGCAUCAUCAGUCUGCUUUACGCUCCGAUGCUUUCCCCAGAAGUCAGUUCUGGCGUCGGUACUGCCAGUUGGUCCAGUGAGAGGAAGGACCCGUUCCUAACGGAGAAUGAGGCGCACAGCUUUGUGGGUAACCGCCGUGUGAAGCGGAGUUUCUGGAGCUUGUUCGCUAACCUGGAGGAGGAGUGCGCGCAUGAGGGCUGCAGCUUCGAGGAGGUCCGGGAAUGGGACAGGUCAACCUCAGAGGCGCAAGAGUAUCUGAUGACGCUGGCCUGCCGUCUGUGGCCCUGCAGUACCGGGUACAGGUGCCAGGGGGCGAGGCAUGGGACCACGGGAAGCGGAGCUCACUGGCGGGUCUGCAACGCGGUGUGCUUCGGUUCCACGUCGUGUCCCCAUGGAGGCCACUGCAGCAGACCGGACUACUGCAGCGGCUGUGAGCGAGGCUAUGAGAGCCCCAGAUGCGCAGAUGUUGAUGAAUGUGACGAGAGGCGCACCUGUGACGUCCACGCCACCUGCACAAACACGGACGGCAGUUACAGCUGUCAGUGCGCAUCUGGGUACGUGGGAGAUGGACACACCUGUACAGAAACAUCGGCCAAGACGACAACACCACCUGCAGAACCGACCACAACAACCGCCAAACCGACCACCUCGGUUCCAACAACGGAGGGAAAAGCGCCAUCUACCGAAAAGCCGGCAGCGGUGCAGGGCACAGAAUCUGUCAAAACUUCACCAUCACCGGAAAUUACGACAGAGGACCCGGAAUUGCUGGGAGAUGCAGCAAAGGUGUCUGAUGUGUGUGGAGACGAUGGAAAGCAGUCAUGUGGAAACCCGCCUAUGUCAGUUGUCGAGAAGACCAUGUUGAUCGUCGGUACCUUUGCGUUCGUCUUCGCGUGCGGGAUUGCGUUCGUAAUCUACCAUAUGAAGCUCAAGAAUGGGGCCCUCUUCCCAGCUUGGUUGGUCCGCAGGAGGCGAGGACCGCCACCUCCGUACAGCGAAGGGACCGUGAACGUGGCUACCGUCGCUGCUAAAGUCGAGCUGCCGCCGGAUAUCAAGAUCAGCACCACGGACAAGGACGACCCCCCGCCUGGGUACGAGAUCUCCGGCGCACUACCGCCUGGGUACGAGAUUUCCGGCGAAAUACCGCCUGGGUACGAGAUUUCCGGCGAGCUUCCGCCUGGGAAGGAGAUUCCAGCGGACCCCUUGAAGAUUCUGCCGCCACAGGAUACAGAUGUGACAGACAUCGAGUUCGUCUUAAAGUCAAACGCCUUAGAGGAAAAGUCUUCAAUGGCCUAGAAGGGUUGGGCAGGGAAUAAGAUGACAGCUAGCUGAAUCCUACCGUGGCCAUAGGGAGAUAGGAUGCUGCUAUGUAUUGUCUUGGAAGAUUGACUCUGAAUUUGCUUCAGCACUUAAAGACGAGGUGACACCAGUAACACUGAAAUACAACAGUUUGUUACCUGGGAAAAGUAGGGCUUUGUGAAUUGCUCGUAUAUUCUGCAGCUAUUUCAAGUGGACAGACCGCUUAUGUAUUACAUUGAUAACAUAAGCAUGUGUAUAUAGCUUUGUCUUCAAAA